AGGAAGUUGCAGGGCAAGUUCUGUGACACAAUUUUGGCAAAACCUUCGCAAUCAGCUGUGGACAAUGUCUUAAGUCUAUAGACCCAUACGUCUUAGUCUCCUAAGGUGGUGCAUUAAGAAGAAUGGAGAAAAGUUUCUUCCAGGCGUCCCGUGAGGGCGAUGUGUCCGGACUGAGGGCAUUCCGGAAGGGUGGAGGGGACAUCAACAUUAAGGAGAAGGGAUCGAUGAGAACCGCGUUACACUACGCGGCGUCCCGAGGUAAACUCCCGGCGGUAGAGUGGCUGGUGUCCAAAGGAGCCGAUGUCAACGCUAAAGACGCGCUGAGAAGGACUCCCCUGCACGAGGCAGCCGCCAAGGGCCGGGUCAAGAUCUCCCAGAUUCUCAUUGGGAAGGGUGCAGAGGUGAAUGUCAAAGACUUUGCGGCUCACGAGACGCCCCUCCACAGCGCAGCCGGGCAGGGACGGAACGGCGUGGUGGAGCUACUGCUCACGAAGGGCGGCGUGGUCAAUGCCACUGACGAGGAACAAAAAACCCCGUUACAUCGCAGUGCACAAGGUGGGCACGUGAGAGCAACCCAGAUAGUCCUGUCCAAGGGAGGUAACAUCAACAUCAAAGACAAGGCGGAGGAUGCUCCACUCCACUGCGCAGCCGCGGGGGACCAUAUCGAGGCUGUGAAACUGCUGUUGAGCCAAGGCGCGGAUGUGUUCGCAAGAAAUAAGGAGAACCUGUCACCUCUGGACGUGGCCGGAUCCCAAUCAGUUAGAAAACUGAUCAGGGCGAGGCAAAAGCAGAUUGACAGGCAGGUCAUGCAGCAUGACCUCCUGUCCAAAGAUGGCGGCGUCAAGAUCAACAAGAUCAAGUUACUGGUCUGUGGGGACGAGGCGACGGGGAAGUCUACGCUGAUUGGCUCGCUCUGUCGGACGGGAAUAAAAGCCGUGUUUACCAGAGAGAAACACAAGCCGACAGAGCCGGACGCCCGUAGCCCCACAGCCGGGGUGGACGUGGGGACCAUGACCGUGCCGAAUGCAGGCGAGUUCGCCAUCUUUGACUUCGCGGGACAGGCUGAGUACUACGUCACACACGCCAUGCUGAUGCACGCCAAACUUGGGGUCUACGUCACAGUCUACAACAUAACUGAUGACGCCGAGACGCAGACACAACAGCUGCAGAGGUGGCUUCGGAUGAUCAAAGCAGGCAACGGGGACCCGAGCUUCACACCGAAGGUAGUCCUGGUCGGUAGUCAUGCGGACAAGAUGGACAAACAGAAAGGUAUGUCUCGGGCUGCUGCUCUGCUGAGGUCCAUGAGGGAACAGUUCCGGGGCCAGCUGGACAUCUCCACCGAGGCCUUCGUCUUAGACUGUGAAGUGUCUCAGUCUCCAGACAUGGACAGACUUAGGAAACACCUGGCGUGCCUCAAACAGGAAAUCUUGAAGGACCAGCCACAGCUGCCGAAGCUGUGCUCCGAGAUCGUGAGGAAAGUACCGGGUUGGUGCAGGAACAACCUCGGGGGCGGAGCGCCUGUCCUCCGCUGGCCGGAGUACGUGAAGGCUGUGAAGGAGAUCGAUCCCCUCGUGCAGGAAGACUUCCUUCUGAAGUCGACAGAGUAUCUCAACGACAUAGCCGAGCUACUACUCAUCAGAGCAACCUCCUCUGAACCGAUCGUGGUCCUGACGCCUCCGUGGCUGUGUGGUGAUGUGUUCGGACCUUUGCUCGCACCGGAAAACUUUCCUAUCGACCACAUCGAACGCGAGAGCGACGAUCACGUGACCUUCCGCGAGAUCUCGCGAGUGUUCGCCCGGACGGUUUCCCCCAAGCUGCUCAUCUCCAUCCUACGGGAGUUCCAGAUCUGCCACUCAUUCGACGGGACUGAUUUCAUCUUCCCGAGCCUUCUGCGCAGACUGCCUCCACUCAGAGAAAUCUGGAAACCGACCAAGUCCGAGUCCGUCGUCUAUUUUGGCAGCCAAGUCGCCUGUAAGGACGCGACGGACAGCUUUUCCCCAGAUUUCUUCCCGCGUCUUCAGACGACGCUGCUGAAGGAACACCCGAGCACCUUUCCUGUCAAACCGGCCGUGUGGAAAGACGGCAUGGUCUUCACAGACGGCAAGAGCGAAGGACUGAUAGCGAUGUCGCAAGACAACAUGGCCUGUAACAUCGUUGUGAGGAACCCUAGCGGCUUCCGCGAGUACUGCUACUACCUGCUGGAACGCCUUCAAAAGAAGUUGAACAAAGUACUUGAAGAGAGCAGUCCCGGGACGAGUGUUGUCGAAAAGGUGAUCAGCAGUCGCGCCUUGAAGGAACACAGAGACACUUUCUACACGUACGACCGGAAAUCUGUUCAAGAAGCCGCCCGCAAGAACGGGUCUCUAUCGCAUCCUGACCUCCAGUGGUCAGAGCGAGUCUACGACCUCGUUUUCAGCCAGGAAGGGCCCAAUAAGCACACAUUCCAGCUCGUUGCUAAGCAACUGCGAGCGGCGGAGUGGCGGGAACUGGGAAGGGAGCUGGGGCUGUCGGACUCGACUUUAGACCGGCUGCAGAAGGAGUUCAGCGGCGACCUGCGGGAGACGGUGUACAGGAUGCUGAACAAGUGGGAGGAAGAGACCGACGGUCCGCGCGGAGAGGCCCGGGAGAAGUUGUCAGACGCGCUGGUCGCUGUGGAGAGACGGGACAUCGCCGAUGUGCUCAUUUGCGACGAAGGGUAG